AUGAAAUGACACUUGAAAUUCACAACGCCACCACCUUCGCCGCCACUGUCUCCACCGUAGCUGCAACCUUCCUUCUCUGAAAAUUCUGCAUUCAUUUUCUUCUAUUUUUCUGCAUUUAUUUUCUUCAAUUUUAGCAUUGAAUCGUCUUUUUUUCACCCUCGAUUAUGUCCGAAUCCAAUGCUAAUAAUCCGAUCCGGAAGGUUCUCGGAUUGGGAUAUUGGGUUCAGGGUUUCCGUUGCUUCCCAUGGAUGGCGGUUAACUUCUUCCUCAAGGACGGCCUCAAUGUAGAUCCUUCUACUCUUCAGCUUCUUCAAAACUCCGCUAAUCUUCCUAUGGUCGCGAAGCCUCUGUACGGGAUUCUCUCUGACGCCGUUUAUAUUUCCGGCCAACAUCGGAUCCCUUACAUCGCCAUUGGGGCUCUCCUACAAGCAGUAUCAUGGAUACCCAUAGCAACUAUGUCACCCUCAAGUAUUUCAGUUUUCACGAUCAGCAUAUAUCUUCUCCUUAGCAACCUCGGUGCUUCAAUAGCGGAGGUCGCUAACGAUGCCAUCGUUGCAGAGGCAGGAAAGCAGCCCACUUCUUCCAAGAAUUCUCGAGCUUCUUCAUCAGGUGAGCUACAAGCAUUUGUUUGGGUAGCAUCCUCUGCUGGUGGGAUUCUUGGAAAUCUUCUCGGAGGCAUCGGUAUCGAUAGGUUUUCGCCUCAAGAAAUGUUCCUGUUCUUUGGUCUUCUUCUUUUGCUUCAGUUUUUAUUAACCAUCAUCGUUCGCGAACGCUCUCUUAAUCUCCCUCAGAGCUCAACCAGUGCUGGUAUCAAGAAACAGCUCUCACAACUUUUCGUCGUGCUAAAAAGACCCGAAAUUGUGUAUUCCAUAACAUGGUUUGCUGCAUCUUACAGCAUAAUACCUGCACUGACUGGCACCAUGUUUUUUUAUCAGACAGAGAAUUUGAAAAUUGAGUCAUCUGUUUUGGGCAUCUCUAAAGUUAUUGGCCAAGCAGCCCUGCUGUUAUGGGGUGUAAUUUACAAUCGUCAUCUGAAGUCGAUCCCGUCUAGGAAACUUAUAUCAAGUAUCCAGGUUUUGAUGGCGGUGUUCAUGAUCUCGGACAUGCUGUUCGUGAAGGGAGUGUAUCGAGAAAUGGGCAUGCCAGACUUCGUAUAUGUUGUUUUGUUCUCUGGUCUUUCAGAGGUUCUGUUAUUCUUCAAGAUCUUGCCAUUCAGUGUUCUGAUAGCUCAGCUUUGCCCACCAGGAUGUGAGGGCUCUCUCAUGGCUUUUGUAAUGUCAGCCAUCGCCCUCGCGUUCAUAGUGAGCGGAUGUCUCGGUGUAGCGCUUGCGUCUUAUGUUGGCGUCACAGCAAAUGAGUUUUCUGGGCUCCCUAAUGGUCUAAUAAUACAGGCAGUCUGCACUCUUCUGCCAUUGUCAUGUUCAUGGUGCAUCCCUGAUGAUGUCAAAGCCAAAGGUAGAGAUAAAGACUCCAAAAAGCAGCAGUAGCACAAUGGAAGAAUGGUUAGCAUGGUCAGUGAAUUUGAAUAUACAUAUUAUAUUCCAUUAUUUAUAUUCCAUUUUAUAAC